AAUACGCCUUACAAUCAUUUUUUAAAGAGUUCCUCCAAAGUUCAAUUCACCAACAUCAUCUGUACAUCUUUGGAUACAAAUUUCCUUGAUUUUGAAUAUUGUUAUUUAAAGUCUGUGAAUCGGAGCUACAAAUAUUUGUCAUUCAAAGCCAAUUUACACAGGAAGCCAGUUACCAAAGUAAAAGUUAAUUUGGCACUAUUUAAAAAGUUUAGUGGAUACAGGCCAUUUAUGUAUAAUUACACCGUAGACUCCUGCAGAUUUUUAAAAAAUCCCCAAGCAAACCCAAUUGCAAACUACUUUUAUAGUUUCCUGAGAUAUCACUCAAAUUUAAAUCACACGUGUCCUUACAAUCACGAUGUCAUCUUGGACAAAUUAUCUACCAACUUUGUGGAUAAUCAAUUUUCAAAAGUCUUACCCUUCCCAGAAGGCGAUUAUCUUGUGAUAACACGAUGGAUUGUUGGUGAUAUCGAUCGAGCGCUUGUUAAAAUGUAUGGAACACUUUUCUGAUUAACUAUAAGGUUUUAAAAUGAAGUUUACACAACACGCUUUCCUGGGGUUUGGAAUUACUUAAA